AUGGACAUCGAACAGCGAAAACAUAUAUUAAAGCGAGAAGGUAGGUGUUAUCGUUUCGCUAAGCCUAAUCACAGUUCGAAGUUUUGCAAAAAUCAAUGGCUGAAAUGCAACAACUGUAAUGGCCGACAUAUAACGCCAUUGUGCGAAGCUAAAACUAAAAGAUAUGAAACUGCUAUUCCUCCGUUGGGAGAGCACCAGACCUCCAGCAGUUCGGUCGCGGUGGUAAAUAGUACCUCCACUACAUUACAUUCGGUAGCGCGUCCGGAAAGUAAUGAUAUUUAUUUGCAAACCGCGAAAGCCAUUUUGUCGAGCGAAACUAAAAGAGUGCUUUCACGAAUAAUAAUGGACAAUGGCAGUCAAGGCACCUACGUGAGCGAAUCUUUGGCGAAUUACCUAAAACUAACAACCGUCGGUUACGACCAAGCCCGCAUAUUUGCAUUCGGUGAAAAUAACCAGCGAAAGCAGUUAACUCGGUUGAGACGCGUAAAUGUCAAAGUGCAAAGUCAAUAUUCGGACCAGAUGAUUGAAAUAUGUGCUUCCGUGGUGCCGAUAAUAUGCGCGGACGUUUUACCCGAGCCGCGCUUCGAGGAUAACUAUUGGAAAUUUCACCUGGAUACUAACGAUAAUAUCGGUGAGAAUUUAGUGGCAGUAGAUACUUUCUUUGGAUGGACCAUACAAGGCUGCUGCGGCUACAAUGAGAAUUCUAAGUGCGCGUUAAGCAUAAUUGAGAAUCGCGAAGAGCAAGUUGAUGUUACCAAGUUUUGGGACUUAGAAGCUAUCGGUAUCGCAGUUUAUAAUGAAAACGCAUCCGCUGUGCACGACGUGCAAAUCGAAAAAAUAGUAAUGCGCUAUUCGGUGAGUUUGCCAUGGAAGAUUCCGAAAGAGACUUUACAUAAUAACAAAUCGAAUGCACUGAACCGGCUCCGUGGGCUAACGAUUAAACUAAUGAAAAAUCGCGAAAAAUUAAUUGAGUACGACUGCGGUAUCAGAGAACUCCUUAAUGCCGGAAUCGCGGAGCGCGUAUUAGCUAAUCAUAAUGAUCAAAUCGCUUAUUAUAUGCCUCAUCGACCAGUAUACAGAGAAGACAAAACAACAACGAAAAUGCGUAUUGUUUUCGACGCAUCGUCAAGUGAAAAUGACCUCGCUUCCCUUAAUGACCAUCUAAGCCCAGGUGAGAAUUUAUUGGCUGACUUAAUGUCGAUUUUGCUGCGAUUUCGGUGCUACCAUAUUGCGAUAAUUGCUGACAUCGAGAAGGCGUUCUUACAAAUAUCCAUUGAUGAAGCAGAUCGAGAUACACACCGAUUCUUUUGGUACGAGACGUUAUCAGAAUCGUUUUCGAAAUUGCCUCCAGUCGUUGAAUUAC